AUGGUAGACUUUGCAGAAUCCCCCGGCAAGAAAGAAAGAACCUGUUUGCACUAUGCUGUCAAAAAACGAUUUGGUUUCCUUGAUUACUUGCUCAUCAUACUUUUAAUGCCUGUUAUGCUACUGGGAUAUCUUCUAAUGAUUUCUAAAAGUAAGCAGAACGAACACCUCAUCAAGAUGCUACUUAGAGCUGGUGCAUAUGUUAAUGCUCAAGAUGGUUCAGGACAGACUGCCCUCCACUACGCUUGUGAAAUGAAAAACCAGUCCAUCAUUCCAUUAUUAGUUGAAGCAGGUGCUGACCUUUCCAUAAAGGACAAGGAUGGAGAGACUCCAUUAGACAUAGUAAGAAGAUUACAGUUCCUCAACAUAGAACAUAUAUUAAAGAAGGAUUCCUAGCUCAUUACAUCAGAAAUUGUUAGAAAAGCCCCAACCCAUGGGGCCAGUUCAUUGUGAUAAAUGCAAUUCCAUUUACAUUUUCAAGUAACAUCAAGCUUACAUCAGCCAAUAAGCUUAUGCAAAAGAAUAGACUGCACUAAAUCCUGUUGCUGAGGUUUCAUGGGUGAUAAAAUCAAAAUGAUGUGGUCAAUUUUGUGAGCAUCAAAAUAUUAUUUUUAUUUUCAUGAUUGUUUUCUUAAUAAAGUACAAAGUUUGUAGAGUAUAAGUCAAUGUUUUUCAAACUUGUCCAAACAAGAUGUGUGGACUUCAAUUUCCAGAAUUCCCCAGCUAGUUGAAGUCCACACAGUGAUUGUCAAUUUGAAAACCAUUGAUAUGGUAUUUAUUUCAUUGGUAUUAAAUUGUGCAAUUUAUAUGUGUUGUAAUCCAAAACAGAUUUAGCAAUAAAGAUCUGUUGUAAAUUUA